CCUCUUUUUAUUUUGCCUGACAUGCCUUACAUAAAAUAAAUAAAUAACCCUCUUCGAACCAAUUAACAAAACAUGACGAAUAACAAGUUCACGAUGCUGAUCAAGAAUCUCACAUUGUCUUUACUCUUGAUUUCCCAUGUGGUCGUGGUAGUAGCAACCGCCAACGAGUUAGAUAUCGUCAUCCGUCAAGUUACUGGAGACGAAGCAGACCAUCGUCACAGGAACAACUUUAACGUGUUCAAAAAAAAGUUUAACAAAUUUUACGCGUCACAAGAAGAAGACGAGUACAGGUUUUCUGUUUUCAAGACUAAUUGGAAUCGCGCAAUGCGUAAUCAGAAACUUGAUCCCUCUGCUACGCAUGGGAUCACUCAGUUUUCUGAUAUGAAGAUUAAGGAGUUUAAGAGGCAUUUGGGGUUGACGUCUCGACGUCUGAGGGUCCCUGCUGAUGCGGGCAAGGCACCGAUCUUGCCCACGGAUGAUUUACCGGAUGAUUUUGAUUGGAGAGAUCAUGGUGCUGUUACUGAAGUCAAAAAUCAGGCUUCAUGCGGGUCAUGCUGGUCGUUUAGUACAACUGGGGCGUUAGAAGGCGCGCAUUUCCUUGCUACGGGUAACCUUGAAACUCUUAGCGAGCAGCAACUUGUUGAUUGUGAUCAUGAGUGUGAUCCAGAAGUACAAGGAUCAUGCGAUUCAGGGUGUAAUGGAGGUCUUAUGAAUAGUGCUUUCGAAUACACUCUCAAAGCUGGCGGGCUUAUGAGGGAGAAAGACUAUCCAUACACAGGAACUGACAAUGGUACCUGCAAAUUCGAUAAAGAUAAGGUUGUAGCAUCGGUGAGUAACUUCAGUGUUGUAUCCCUUGAUGAAGACCAGAUCGCUGCCAAUCUUGUCAAAAACGGUCCUCUUGCAGUGGCGCUUAAUGCAGCUUACAUGCAGACAUAUGUUGGGGGAGUGUCAUGCCCCUACAUAUGCUCAAAGAAGUUAAACCAUGGUGUGCUAUUGGUCGGAUAUGGAAAGGCUGGAUAUUCUCCGAUAAGAAGGAAAGAAAAGCCAUACUGGAUCAUCAAGAACUCUUGGGGACCGGAUUGGGGAGAGAAGGGAUAUUACAAGAUCUGCAAAGGUCGUAAUGUGUGUGGUGUCGAUUCCAUGGUCUCCACAGUCGUUGCAGUUAACUGACACUAAUAAUGCUGUUGAACCAUCUAACUUAGUAUAUAUGAAGUGGGGAACAUUUAGAUACAUAAACUACUGAAAGUACUAAACUUUGACAUGGAUAAAUUGAGUAAUGUGUUGCUUGAAUUUUCAUUGAAUUAAUUAUCAUAUGAGAUCUGACUUUUUUGUUUA